AACGCAAACGUCUGGUUCUGCUUCACUUCUAAUCGAUUAAUAAGCUUAUUUUAAUUGAUUAGCCUCGGCUGUGUUCUCUAAUCGAUUAAAACUUGUUUUUAAUCGAUUAAUAGUCGAUUUUUGCCCUUAUAUCCAGCCAGGCUUCGUCUUCUUCGCCAUUCUCCUGUUACGAAAUCCGAACAAAUCCGAAACCCUAACACCUUCCCUUCUCAAAUUUUUCUCAAAUUUCUUCCAUUUUUCUCACCAAAUUCCAUCAAUUUCAAAGAGGAAGGAUGCCAAGGUGCAAGAAUGCUUCAUCGCGUCAAGAAACGGCGGCAGAGGAGAGUGAGAGGCCAUGGCGUCGUGAAGGGAGCAAGUACAUUCACAUACAAACCGGACUCGCCUUCAACACUGGGGCUUCGGUCGAGAGGUUCCACAACAUAUUCCUCACGAAAGAGAUAGUCUCUUCUAAGAUCGUGAACAAGGACCUCUUCAAAUCGGCGACCUAUGCCCCGAGUAAGUCUCUUCUCCUUCAGCAAGACUUUACUCGGGACACUCAGGUGCCGGUCAAGAAGACGUGUUUCAUCACUGAAGCCAAGUUUUCCCGGAUCGUGUAUCGAGAGGAGGGCGAUGCUGCACCAAAUCUGGACCUGAUAGUCGCAGAAGAAGAAGAAGAAGAAGAGAGCCAAAAUGAGACUCAAGCAGAGUCAUCUCGAGCCGGAGGAAGUCGAGCCACGGAGCGCGUCACUCGUCAACGGAGGACUCGUCCAAGAGAAGAAGCACCGGAACCUUCUUGGGUGAAGAGGAUCUUCGAUACUCUCAUGUGCAUCCGAGAUGACGUUCGCCAGCUCAACGAGAGGAUGACUCGUCUUGAGCAAUCUCGCUCCUACCGUGGCCCGCGUCACAGCUUUGGCGGAGGAGCUCGUCCGGCGAACUCUCUUUGAUUAUUUUCUUUCCAUCUUGACUCACUAUGAUACAUUGU